UAUAAUAUAUGGAAUAAAUUUUACAAAAAUGUUGUACCUAAUGUGCGUCGUUUCACGUUAUUUUUCCCUCAAUACGUUAUUGAACUAUUUCAUAUAUAUAUAUAAAUGUGUCCCAAGUUUCCAUCUAAACUCAGGAACUUGUAAAAUGGUACACAGGAACUCUACUGCACAUUGAGUGGUUACAGUCAACUCUCGGCCAGCUCAUGCACACAACAUUCCUUACAGAAGCUACACCACUUUUACUAGAACUCUGUCAGAUCAUGUGUUCUUAAAGAAAAAUGAGAAUUUACCUUCAGCUUGAAGGGACGUCAACUUCUGCAUUUAUAUCGUAGAAUUUAAGUUACUCUGCACCAGUUCUAUUUACUCCUGUAGAUGGAAGUAACAGACUGUGGCAAUCAAGAGGCAAAUAAAGACAGUUGAUGCAGUAAAGGAGUCAGUAUGACAUUCACUGGAGAUUUAAUUAUUAUGACCAACACUCUCUUUCUAAAAACACUUUUGCCAGCACUAACAUUUGAUUUUAACAUUAGUGCACUGGCAGAUGGGUGACUUUUGACAAAUUUACCAGACAUUUACUGUUGUAACGGGCUGAAGCACUAGUUAAAAUCAACAGUUUAUUAACAUGUCUGCUGAUUCAUUUUGCAUAGUGUGAUCUGAAAUUAUGUCCCUAAUUUGAACAUGCAUUAAAAACAACCCAGUGAACAUAAAAGAGAGUACAGUGACUUGAAUUUAAGUAUUACUGACAUGUCAGGAUGCUUCAACAUGUGCCCCUCAUAUUCCUUUCGCCAUGUGUGCCAUAUGCUGCCAUAUUUUGACAGUCAUUCUGGUAGCAUUCACUUCACAGGUGUACAAAUCUAUGUCUGCCCAUCACAAGCACUGGAUGACAGUAAAUGUACUGACCACUGAGUAGGAACAGGUAUUUCCAUCUGAAUGAAAGGAUUAUGAGAAAUUCUAUAGCUUCUUAGUUCAUGAGACAGCAUCACAGCAGACUUUAUUUUCUUGGAAUGUGCUAGGUAGCAUUCAUAAUAUAACUAACAUCUUGGAAUUCUGUAUAUUAAUUAGAGAUUCUGGUUUAUAUGUUGGGUGGGAGAAUAAGUGCAACAGCCAAUAAAAGCUUACUAAAAUCCUGUAAAUGAUGUUUCUGUAUGUCUCGUAAUCAACACAUUUUUAGUUAUAUUCUAAGCAAGAAAAUUAAUUUUGCAACUAUUCCUGAAAUUAUGGAAUUUAGAUAUUAAUGUACUAACUCCAUGGAUCAGAGCCCUUUUUUUCAGAAGCUUACAUUUUCUCAGCUAUACAGUAAAUUCAAUGCUAUUUAUGGAACUAAUAUUUUAUUACCACAUUCACAAGAAAUCAUCAUUUGAUCCUAUCCUGGGUCAGAUAGAUCCAGUUCUCCAUUCAUGCCCAAUUUUUUUAAGAUCCACCACAAUAUUGACCUCUCACCUACACCUGGUUCUUCCAAAAAAUCUUUUCCUUUCAAAUUUUCUGACCAAAUUUUUUCUUGCAUUUCUUAUCUGCUCCAUUUGUUUUAAAUGCUUUGUCUGAUUUGAUCAGACUAGUAAUAUUUGGCAAAGAGUAUACAUUUUAGAUAUUAAUAAUCUUAGAUGUUACUGAUAGAGUAAAGAACAGUUUCAAUGUGGCAGUAAACUGUAAAAUGGGGUGUAUAAGUCACUUUUGCAUACUUUAAAAAUAUGGAAAUUUUUAGAUUUUCUUUUAUGUUGAAAAGAAAGUAUGGAAUCUUGAGUGGGUCUUGAGUUCAUUUUAAAAUAAAUGUGUUUUAUUUUUGAGACAAAAAACUUCAAACUUUUAAUAUCUUAAAAAGUUUCAGAACUGAAUUAAAGUACUUUGCAACUCAGUACAUGAAUGUACUUGCGUUUUUUUGGUAGCUUUGCCAACCUAGUACAACAUACAAAAAUAAUCAACACAACUCAGGGAAAACUAAAGCACCAUAAUUAACGUUUAUGGUUAUUGUGCACGAAACUGAACCUGUACAUCGAUGAAAGUAUAAUUUUGUAUAUAAUGGCCAUGAUAUUUUUAUGAAUUUGUGUGAUUCAUUUGGGUUUUGUAUUGUUUCUGUCCUCAUGAAAUACAUAAUUUAUAAAUACUGAUUCAUUUAUUUUAAUGACUGUAGGCCUUCUAUGCUAAAGAUAAUUCAGAGUUGCUAAUUCUGAACAUUGUGAUUUUAUGAAGGAGAUAAAAAGAGAAACAAAUGUACAUCCAGAAUUCAGGUUCCAGUUUCUUGACCCAUCAGUAGGUCAUGAAAAUUGUUACCAUUCCAUAAAAUAGAAACUUCUGAAAGGUAAAUGUAAUAUUGAAUUUUGAAAAUUUUCUGAAUUAGAACCCAAAGGAAUAAUCAGGCCCUUCAGUUAUGACUUUCAUUUCUGAACAUGAAACCACAAAUUUCUCAUUUCAUAAUCCUCUUUUAUGACUUAAAAUUAUGUCUCCAAUGUGAAAUAAAAAUUAACCUCACUUUAGUCAGUUUCUUACAUGUGACUAAACAUAUGACUUAUACAUUAGACAUGGUUUAUCCAGAGUAAGGAACAGUUCCAAAAUGAUUCUUUUAGAAAGGUUACCAGGGUAAGGUUAUUAAUUAAAGAGCACAGAACAUUUCCAAAGAUAGAACAGUGGCAGAUUUAGUGUAUGAAAUCUCCAUUGUUCCUUCCUUCCUUUUACAAGCCUUUGUUUCAGUGCCAUGUUAUGAAGGAAUUAAGAAAUGAAUGUACAGUUUAAGCUUCACACAUUCAUGACUUCAGUAUGAGAUCAGCAUUUGUGAUUAUUUUUCAAUUGAUGCACACCUUUUCAAUGGUGACAUAAUUUUUAUCUCAAACUACAUGUUAUUGUGUAAGGUAUUAUAAACAUGACAAGAUACAAAGACAUUUCGUUUAAACAAAAUAUUAUUUAUUCUCCAGAUACAUGUGUAUAAUAUAAUCUUGUGAAUGCAACACUCUCGUAGCUUGUUGGUUAGAACACGACUCAGUCCAUGUUUUAUAUAAACAUGGCAUAGUCCAUGCACACAAGCCACCACAGUAUAUGAGGCCAAAAACAUCCUGAAAACAUACACAUCGCAGCCACAUUACCAAAGACUGAACACUAGAAGAAAGAAAAAGAACAUACAACACAUACUUUUUAAAUUUUUCAAAUUAUUUUAACAAGAAUCCAACUUGUAUUCACCAUAUAUACCUCAUGAUGGCCCCAUGUAGCCAAAUCAUGGACUAAGUGGUGUUCUAACUGACAAGCUAUGAAACUGUUGCAUUCACAAGACUGUUUUAUACAUACACAUAUCAGGUGCUCAACUAAUGCAACAGGAUGUUCAAAUACAAUAUUAUUUAUUCCAUGCACAGAGAAACUUGUACAAAAGACCUGUGUUUGACAAUAUAUGAAAUAUAUCUCUCAUGCUCCCUUGUGGGGCUUCAUGUACCCCCAGUUCUGUUCAUAACUGCUGUACUAGAUUAAAGCAAGCUUUGUGCUUAGCAAGCUCGCAGUGGAUUGAGGACUGGAUACCCAGUAAGUGUUCUGGGUAUGAUGGCAAAGAGAAAAUUGCAAAUCUGCUAAGAAUGAAAUGGCCUUCCCGUGUUCAGAAAUAUCCUAUGAUCUUCCAGAUUUUUCAGGUCAUUGAUCUGCUAUGAAAUAAGCGAUCCCUUUUUCAGGCUCGGAUCCUAUGCUGUUCUUUGCAAUGGUGUGGAGCAGUGUCAUGUUAUUUGCAGUACAGAAAUUAAUGAACCCUGUGAGAAAUUGAAUCUCUUGCUGAGUAAAAAUUGACACUAUCAGAUGCUGGGUGGACGAAGUUAGCCAUCCUACUGCUGUUUCUUCACAUGCUGGUUCACAAACUCCAGUGAUGGGAAUGCAUAUCCUUCAUAGCAGCUCAAGCAACAAGUUAACCAGUUCUGCAGGGAAAAGAAAUGUCCUGCCCAGAUCAACUGGAAGUCCAUGUGUACAAAAUGUACCACAGAUGGGACUUCGUGUUGGUAGUCGUCGCAAAGGAGAUUCAUCUCCAAAAAUUGGCCCAGUACUUCACAAGGCUGCUCUCUUUGAGUCAAGGCCAACAAAGAAGAAUAGCAAAGAUCCCACUGAGCUCUCUGUAACAGGGAAGCUUGCAAUGUUUGAACGUAACAAGGGGCAAGCUCUGAUGCCUAAGGCUGCUUUCUCAAUGCCUGUUCCUGCCAAAUAUCUUGCAGGUAGUAGUGACAGGCAGAAAAGUAUUCCCAGUAAAGUCUAUUCCCCUGGGAAGGGGAACAGGAUGGUCAACAGCACAGUGACACAGCUGCAGGAAUCUGUGACAUCUAACACCAAUGCCAAGACAAUUUUGCCACCUGCAAAACAAAGUGGCCACAUGGUGAAACAAACUAACAAAUCCUGUGUUGCUGAUACUGCUCUUUCACCACCAGCUCCUUCUGAGGACUUUCCAACAAGAUUCAGCAAGGCUUUGGCUCAAGUGUUUGAACAAGGCAAUGCAUUUGUGGUGCGUAAUGCCGCUAUUGAGAAUGUGCAAUCAGAAUGACAACAGGAUGUGGUAAUGUUGUUGAAUCGCUGGAACGGGAACGAACAGUUGGCUUCUUCAAAAGAACGCAAUGUGAAUGCUGAUGGCACAAACAAUAUGACUGCUGUAUGGGCCGAUCAGAUGAAACAGGCCAAUGGGUUGGCUGCCAAAGGUCAAUACCAGGCAGGCAGUGUACUGGGCCAAGCCGCAGACCAGGGAUACGCUUUGUUGAUACUGCAAUACCUACGCAACGGCCAACUGUUGGGGCUACAAUACCGCUAUUGUCACUACCUAUGCAACGGUCUGUUCUAGCGUUACUAUGGAAGUGUCUUCUGGAUUCCAAACACGUUACAAUAUUAUGUGUUAAUGGGCCUGCCUUUCUAGAUGGUGAAAAAUGUAACCACAUUACCACUUGCUGUCAGCCUACCACGUGAUCAACCUUCUGCAAUUUUUAAUCAUUGUUUACAUAUAAAAUGUACUUGUAAAUCUUCUGAAUAAAUAAUUUUAUUAAAGAACUAGAAUGUAUAUUUGAAUAGAAGUAAUCUGAAUGAUUCAAUAACCUGAUCACAAGAGUGCUUCAAUUGUUUUGGAUUGUCGAGGUUGCCCCAUGCUUCAUGCUUCUCCUUUACUCAUCUUAGCUUGUACAGGCGAACACAAAUGUUAACAAUGAGAUUAUGGUGAAAUUGAAAUUGUUAUUUUUAUACUAGUUGCUAAUCAUGUAACAUCUUGAACAGGAAUGUUAUGUUACAUAUACACUCAACUCUCGAUUAUCUGGAGGCGGAGUAACCGGUUUACGGCUUAACUGGGGCUACCAGGACUUUUUUGAGGCUUAUAUGUUGUUUAAUAUUCAUUCACUUUUGUUUCACAUGGUGAGUUGUAACACUAUUUUCG